CUGUUGUUGCUCAACAUGCCCUCCAAAAGAAGAAGAUCAACCAUACUGCACUCUCCUAGAAGCCUUACAAAGAAAGCAAGGAGAAACAGCGAUGUCAACUACGAAUUGCAGACCUUUUUGCACUCAACUUUGUCCUUGGUUCAAAACUUGAGAGAUGACAACAAUCGUCCAAUCUCCAAAGAAUACCUAAGAUUGCCCAAUAAAAAAAACUAUCCUGAUUACUACUCGCAAAUAUCAAAUCCCAUUUCUCUUACUGAUAUCAAGGGCAAAAUCAACACGAAACACUACACUGAUCCGAAGGACUUUUUGCACGACAUUAAACUAAUGGCUGACAAUUCCUCCACUUACAAUGAAACAUCCAGCUUGAUAGCCCAGGAUGCUAGGCACAUUUAUAACUUUGUUAGUGAUCAGGUCAAACAAUUCUUAGGCGAAAAAGUCGACAUUCCAAGAUAUGAGAGAAGAACACCAUCUAGAAAAUUAACCUCUUCUUCUUCAGCAGCCUCAAAUGAUAGCUUUAAAAAACCAACAAAGCUUCAUCUAAACUCGAAAAAAUCAAUUUCUCAAGAGCACCCAGAUACUUUAUCUACUUCUUUGAAAAUUAAACUACCUUUGAAAAAACUGGAAAAACAAAAAAUCUCAUUGUCAAAUGACUUAUUCCAUAUUCAAAUUGACGAUUCUUUGAAAUCAAAAUUGACUACAAUAAUGGAAUCACUCAUAAAUUAUAAAGAUGAAGAAGCCGGUCAGAUUUCUCUUCCAUUUAUGAUCGAACCCGAUAAAGUUGAUUAUCCUGAUUAUUAUCAAAUCAUCAAAAAUCCAAUUGCUAUAAAUACUGUAUUGAAAAAAAUUACCGGUGUUGACCCAACUAUUCAAAGAUCCAAUAAAAGAAAAGGGAGAGGCCGAAAAAGAUCUUCAAUUACCCCGGUCCCUUCUUUUCCUGUUUAUCAAAAUUUCCAAGAAUUUAAAACAGACCUCUUUGAUAUUUUUAAAAACGCCCAGACUUAUAAUCAAGAAGGUAGUUUGAUCUAUGAGCAUUCAAAAAUUUUAGAGAAAGAAUUAGAAAAACAAUUGACCCAACUACUUGAUUCUUUAGAUUCUGAGAGCAGUAAAACUCAAGAAAAUAUUGCAAACAUAGACCAGGAUGAUCUUGAUCGCCUAGAAAACAAGAAAAGGACAAAACAACCAAAAUCUCUUGCCGGAAUUAAAUUACAUGUUAAAAAUCCUUCAGAAAAUUCCUCUUCCUCUAAUGUAACAAAAAUAAAAUUAAAAUUACGCGGUUCAAAAGAAAAUAAAAUGGAAAUCGACAAUAAGAGAAUACAAAAUGAAAAAUUACAGGAAAACGAAAAUCAAGAAGAUGCUGCCAGUUUAAAACAAGAAGAUGAUGAAUCACCUACUCAAAAUUUGAAAAAGUCUUUGAGGCUUGCUAGCCUGAAAACUGAUGAAUCAAAUAAUAAUUUUAUUAAACCAGAAAUUAUUAACUCUCCUUCCAAAUUGCGUUCCCAUACAAGAGCUAAUACAAAAAUUAGAACUAGAUCAAGAAUCACAAAACCAGAUUCUUCAAGCUUUGCUGAAGAUCGUACUAACAAAGUUCUCUUAGAGCAUGAAUCACCAUCAAACAAAAAUGAAGAUUCAAAAAGUACACCUCCAAUAUCUCCAAAAACUUCAAAGAACCAAAAAAAUCAAGUCCCUGAUGAUUACAAGAGUGACGAAAGUAUCUUAUCUAAUGAUAAUGAAAAACACACUGGUACUAAAAAUAUUAAGACCAUAGAUAGUAAAGAAAAUCUAGAUGAUAUUGAAGAUAAAGAUGAUGAAAAAAUCGUAGAUGAAGAAGAAAACAAAGACAAAAUAAAUAGCAAGAUCGAAGGACAAGAUAACAAUGACACUACUAAAAUUCUCAAGUCUGAGGAACCUCCUUUAUUAUUAGAAUAUCCUUCUUUUGUAAUAACUCAAAGAAAGUUGAUUCAGCCCAAAUCUUCCCCAUUGAUUCUGGAAAUCUCCAUUUCUUCCUCCAAAAAUACAAAAGGAACUCACCGUCAAAAUUUUGCAUUUUUCCCUGAUCAGAUUAAUAUGAAUUCCUUGAUAAUGCCUACUUAUUUUGAAUACAAAUUCGAAUCCUCAAAAGCAAACAAAAUUAGUGAUUUUGCGAUUAAUCUACCUCAAAGCAAAAAUGCUAUCACCAUAUUAAUGUCAUUGAAUGAUAUUUUAAUAAAUAAAAAUUACGUGUCUGGACUACUUAUAAAUGGUGAAAGAGCAAACCCAAGUCCUAGUAUGACUUAUGCUGAUAGUGGAAAAGUUCUAACUUCAAAAUAUGAAGUCAGACUUGCUAAUGGAAUUAAUAAUAUACAGUUUCUUGUUCAGAUCCUGGCCAACUCAAGAGAAAGAGUUGCACAAGAAAUUAUUGAAGAAAAAGUUGAUUUUUGGGUUCAGGUAUCACAAUAG